UUCAGCCUACUUGCUGGAGUGCAGGAGGAUCACAUGAGGCCUCGAGGGGGAUGGGCAGAGCGUUCAGAGGGUGGUGUGGCUUUAAGAGUUUACUACCAUCACUUCGCUCACUCACUCGUGCACACAGCAGAAAGUUUGGAGACCAGGCAAGCGCUGGGAUACCGACGGAGGAAGUGACGGGACUGCGUGAACUGCAGAAGAAGCAAAAAAGAAGACGGGAAUAUCAACACAAAGCAGGCUGAGUAGCAACGUGUGGUCGUCGGACUGCUGGCUGUAGCGCUCGGGGAACGGAAUUGCGCGUGAUUUGGUUUAUAGCACCGGAGAGAGACUUUCAAUGGAAAUGAGCUGAACUCCCAGAAGUGAAAAGGUUUUACUAAGGGGACUGUCGUCUGAUUUCCAUGACCGUGUGUGUAAUUCUGGGAAGUGCUGGCACACAGGGGACCAUAUGGAACUCCGACCUGCAGCUGUAACCCUUCUUUGAAUAUGAAGGAGAAGACUUUACAGAAAAUCCAAGGAAAUAGUUAGGGGACAUGAACACACAUCUCUGGAUUUCACCCCGAGUUUUCCCUCUGUCUCGUUCAGUUUUGCGCCUCUGGGGAUGUUUGCGAGUUGCAUGUCUGCGCCUUCGGUUCACACACUGACCCGUCUGUGCGCCCUGGUGCUGGUCCUCGCUGUGGGACUCGGUUCAGAGCUGCGGGUCAGAGUCCGGCUUUCUGACGGACUGGUGACUGAGGAGGUUUUGGAGGCGGACAAUGAGAGAGACUCCAUAUCACUCGAAUUUAAGCAGGGAGACGGAACACUCAUCACUUUUGUGGUGGACUUCAAACAGAAUGUGAAGAUAUUUCGAGCGCUGAUCCUGGGUGAACUGGAAAGAGGGCAGAACCAGUACCAGGCCCUGUGCUUCAUCUCUCGCCUCAACCGCAAUGAGAUCAUCCCCAGUGAGUCCAUGGCCCGCCUCCGACAGAAAAAUCCUCAGGCCAUUCGCAUGGCAGAGGAGCGGCGAGGACUGGAGCAGCUGACAAUGAGCGUGGCGGUCAAUCUGAGUCGGGCCUGGCAACUCAGCUCCCACAUCCGCAACAUGUGCAGCGAGGCCCGAGAAGCCAUAUACACCAGGGAGGCAGAUGUCAAACACUGGCUGGACAAAGGAGUGGAUGGCUCCAUAUUCGAGGUCUUGCCUCAGACAACAGAGGUGCCCAGCUUCCAGGCCUGUCACACUACUAAAGACUUGUGGCAGCCCUGUCUCUGCACAUACAGCCUGCGUCUGGAGUGGUACCCGUGUCUGCUGAAGUACUGCCGUAGCCGGGACACUGUGGGAAAAGGCUCUACCUACAAGUGUGGCAUAAAGAGCUGCAGCAAGGGCUACCAUUUCACAUACUAUGUUCCCCAAAAACAGCUGUGUCUGUGGGACGAGGAGACCUAGUAUUUUGUUCUGGAUGGUUAAGAAAAGUGAAAUCCUUUUUGUUUUCCUCAGCCAAGCCAAUGCUCCUCCACCCAUCCUAUUCAAAGUAAACACAGGAACACCGGACCUCGGUUUAUACGAUGUUAAACAAAGCUGUCUCAGGUGGGUAGUGGUGUGAGCCAGAUGUUCAAGCUGAAACAGGUGUUGGCACAGGAAGGAAGGAGUGAUGCAGUGUGGGAUUGUAAGAGGAUCCACUGACUUUUUUUCUGGGAAAGUGACAUAUUGUUGUCAACUAUAGUGUAACUAUGCCAAGAAGAUGUCAAUUCUGUGCCUUUUUUGGGAGAAAUAAUGGGAGCAGAUGACAAGAUACCAAUAACACCCUCUCAAAUUAGCACCAAGAUGGACAGUCUGUUUCUGGUCAAUUAACCACCAGCUGAGGAGCAACAGAGUGGCACUGAUCCCAAGACUCGUACAAACAAACUCUUCCAUCCUGGUGAAGGAAAAUUUGGAUGGUGGAUUUAACUUUCUUCUAAAGCUCUGUGAAAACGCCCGUGUAUAACCAUUUAAGCUGGUUGUCAAAGAAAACGCUUUAUUUAUUUUGGUUGCAAAAUGAAAUUAUGGAGGACUAUUUUUGUAUCAGUUUAAUUUUUAUAUUGAACAAGCUCUUAAAUUAACACGUUAAACCACAGGUCCCCAGUAACAAGAAGUGUUCAAACACAUUUCAGACAUUUCAGAUGUUUUGAUGUCAUGGAUAUUGGGUGUUGUUUAUAGACUCAUCGAUACAUCAUACUACUUUAUUGUCAAGUUUUCAUGGUACUACAGACUAUGCAGAUAAACAGGUUUAUUAUAUCCUUUAAUAGGACAGUUUUAGUUCUUCUUUACACCAUCAAUACCCAAGAGGGACACCUCAUUCCUACCACUGACAUUGUCAGUCUCUUUAAACGUGUAAAAUAAACCAAAGUUAAAAGAGGAUCUGUCAAAACAAGGGUGUAAAGUUUCAGUGUCUAGAAGCCAGCUCCUCAGUAUAGGAUUCAUUCUACCUGCAGUGUAGCUUUUCAGUAGGCUAUACUGCCAUCUACUGGAUAUACAGUCUUGUGUCUUCAAUCCAUCAAUGUGAGCAGUUCGAUGUUUAUAAUUUAUUCAUCCCAAAUUACUGAUAACUCACAGGCAUACUUCAAAGAGCAUUUCUUCAAGUUGUGGAAUGAAAUGUCAGUUUGUCUGUCUGUUCCUUUGAGCAAUACAUUUAAACAUGUUUUUGGUUUGUCUUACCUCCAACUCCAUUUCAGCGUUUACUGCCAUAUCAGAAGUUCCUUUGUGUUUUGGGUCAGGAUGCCCUGCUAAC